CGCUACAGAAGUAGCGGCUGAUUUUGAAAAUGCCUGAGCCUGCGAAGUCGGUUCCUGUGCCUAAGAAAGGGUCGAAGAAGGCCAUCACCAAGACCCAGAAGAAGGGCGACAAGAAGCGCAAGAAGAGCAGGAAGGAGAGCUACUCCAUCUAUGUUUACAAGGUCCUCAAACAAGUCCACCCGGACACGGGCAUCUCGUCCAAGGCCAUGAGCAUCAUGAACUCCUUCGUCAACGACAUCUUCGAGCGCAUCGCCGCUGAGGCUUCCCGCCUGGCCCAUUACAACAAGCGAUCCACUAUCACUUCCCGGGAGAUCCAGACCGCUGUGCGCCUGCUGCUGCCCGGGGAGUUGGCCAAACACGCCGUGUCUGAGGGCACCAAGGCUGUCACCAAAUACACCAGCUCCAAGUAAACUUUAAAAGCCAACACUCCACUUAAACCCAAAGGCUCUUUUAAGAGCCCUCCACUUUUUCUUUAGAAGAGCUGUACUUGCUUUACACUUUAAAAAAGUCCUAGAUGCAUGCAGCAGAUUCCAGUGUUGUAAAAUUAACCCAAGCGUGCUUAAGGUUGGCUUAUUGGAUAACCAGCACA